AUGGCAGACCACGAACUAUCUCCAACCCUCCUCGCAUCUUCUGCCCAGCGAAAACCUCAAAUGUCGAUAACUCUACCUCGGAACUUUGCUCCCUUCAGACUUGAUGGCAGUGAUACUCCCAAGACACCCGAUCAAACCUUUGCAGAGCUCAAACUGCCUCCUCCACCUCACCACUCUACAUGUCGCGUCCGCCGCUCGCGAAUAAACAUGGACAACUUUCAAUCGCGUAACAAUGCCCUUCCUUCGACGCUGUUUGCAUCAGAAAUCCCAAUGCCUUCCAGUGCAGACUCAGUUCGAACUGAUUUCGGCCUGGGCGCUGACAUUGCUCUGCCUUCAGUAGAGGUCUCACUCGAUUCGACUCGUCCAGCUUUUGUGCAUGCACUCACAGAUCCCUCACCAAGUGAGAGGUUGAAGCUUUCAUCGAUUAGAGACCAACAACUUCCACGGACCCCUUUGGCUCAGACGAAAAAUGCACCCAUUGAAUACAAAAGCAAUGCCUGGGGCAUGCAUCGCUCCUCUUCCGAAUGCUCGUUUCGUUCCGAGUCGUCCUGUUCGUCUGCUGACGCCUUUGAGACUCGACCUACCUCCUUCGAUGGCAGUGUAACCAGUCCUGAUCUAGACCUGCAAGAUCCUUUCUCACCAGGCAAGGUCAAUAUCAUCCCAGACACUCCUUCAAGGAAGAACAAGAAGCUGCGAGUCCACGCAUUUAUCUCCAAGGCGAAUGUUCAGUGGAGCAUUGAAAUGGAUAACCACCUCUUCAAUGUCUACCAGAUGUAUCUAGCUGACCCGACGGUCACGCCCUUCAAGACGGUUCCUGGUAGCAUCCCACCUACGGGAGUCUGUCAUCGGGUUGCCCGACGAGCCAAAGAAACCUGGCCCCGAGCAAGCCGAGUUUCCAAGCCAAUUGUCAAGCGGUACAAGAUGCGAAAUGUCAUCGAAUCUCGCAACUGGGCCAGAGACAAGACACCUGAACCCAACGACUUUCUGAAGACCGACAGUCCAGAUGUCAGAGCAUCUUGGCCAUCUGAAUCGGCUACCAGAAAACGAUUGAAGCAAUUAUGCAAGGAAAAGUUCACAAUUUCAGCCCAUUAUCAACGACUACGUGAAUCUCGGAGUCCUUCUCCAUUCCAUGACCAGUUCCUAAAAAGACCAUCGUCUCGCCUGGCUCGCUCAAUGUCCCGGCAAGCCGAUCCUGAAGCAUCCACUGCGUACACCACGAGAGAACUUGGCAUCUCACUGGUUGCUAGCGGUGCCACUGCCCCACUUGCACAAUUGGUCACUGGUGAUUCUCCACCAAUCCAGCAGAUGUCUGAUGACUGGUUUAACACCCCAGUCACCAAGGACGUUGAUGCCAUGUCGAUUUCGACACCCGCGGGACUGGGUAUUGCUACGGACACCAAUAAACUUCAUGUUGCCAGCAGCAUACCACGCCUGGCUUCACCGUUCGCCUACAGUACCUGGAAUGGCUCAAGCUCAUCAGGUCACAAUGAUAACAGACACAGUAGCCACAACCAGUUCGAUACUGUGCAUGCCAUUGGAACAAGAUUGCUAUCUCCAUUUAAACCGGAGCCGGAUGUCUCACUCAACGUCAACAAACGACGUGCUCUGCAUAAUCUGGAGGACGAAUUGAGUCCAAAUGGUAGCAAUAUCAACAAGCCAGCCUCAGGUUUGAUCUUGGACAUUCCUACUCCCACCACUUUUGAGCCGGUUCCCGAGAUUCGGCCAGAGUUGGUCUUUACUGGCAUUGGUGAUGUGAAUCAACGUCGAAUUCGUAUGAGGAAUCGCGGUGCAACCAUGGGUGCUGUCAACAAUCGAGAACACAUUGAGAAAUUCUUCACUCCACCUACUCUUCAUACACCUACCAUGGAUAGUAUACCUCCGGUUCCUGCUUUACCGCCUUCCCUCACCUCCUUGGCGACUGUCACCUCCGCCUCAGCAACCUCAAGCCUCGCUCCGCCAGAAGUUGACCCCAAUCAGAAACGCCUCGGCAGUCCUUUUGAGCUUGAUCUGAGCAAGCGAAGCUACCGAGUCAAGAAUCCUCGACAUGUGCCAAGCUUGAGUGAUCCUUUCAUCAAUACCAGUGCCUUUGCCACCACACCCAGUCAUGGUCAUGGCCACAACAGCAGCAUAAGUAUUGGAGAGAGACUUGCCAUGUUCAAUACUUUCCAUCCUCACCAGCAACGCUACAAUCCGGGCAGCUUUCCUAGACCGCCACUGCCGGAGCAGCAGAUGAGAGAUGACCCCUUCACAUAG